AUGUCCUUUUACGACAACGACAGCGGCUCCUGGUCCGCCUCCAAUCGGCAGUCCUCGUGGGAGCACCAACAGGCACCGCCAUCACGCUCGGGCACCGGGUCCGCCGUGUCGCAACGGCAAGAAUCGAACGCAUUCGCGUCGCAAUUCGAAGAAAUCGACCGAGCAACAGACAACUUGCUUAAGAGCGGCAAAUGGUUUCCCGGCCAGACGCAGGCUGCGGCAGGCGGUGCGGCUGCCACUCCACGUAGGGAAAGCUCCGUGGGACGAAGCUACGAUUUCAGCUCAGACCCUCGGAUGGGUGGUGGACCAUCGCGACAACCAUCCGUGAGCGAGCACGAUGCGACACGCCCGGCCUCUGCUGGUCUACAAAACUUUUACGCCGGACAACGCUUCCCGGGUGGCCGACAAAGCGAAGCCGAGCAAAUGCUGCAGGCGAAGCGCCGGAUGGCUGCUCAGCGUGAGCGCGAACUGCGUAAUUACCACCAGGAGCAGCAAUACAACAGAAAAGCGGUUUCUGGUCAAAAGUCCGAUCGUUCCAUGAGUCCAGCAGCGAUGAACGAGGAAGAUCGUCGCGAACUGAUUGCACGCCAGCACCGCGCGCUGUAUGGCGACAAUUCCAGCCUAUACAACGCAGAUGGAACUCGAUCCUCCAGCCAGGAUGCGCGAGUCCCUAGCGGCGGCCGUGGCGCAUCCCCUCUUGCCUUUGAUCCAUUUGGCAGCCAACCUCAAGCAGGUACAGAUGGGCCCGUACAGAUGCCACCAAGGGAUCGCGCAGAGAACACGACGUCUCCAGUCGCCAACUCCGCUGCUCAGCAGGCAUUUGGACAGUUCAACGAACAAGCCAGCCGCACGUCAAACUCCUCCCCCGGCGCAUCGCCGCCCCUUAUUCAGGGGCAGAAGGGCAACUCGUCUGGAGUGGCACCGAUUGGCACGCGACCCACCCAGGCACCAGGCAUGAACAAGCGUUCCACGACACCACUCACUCCGUCAUCUCUCAGCUACGGAUUCAACGCGAGUGAUGGCCAGCAGAAUCCCAACGCUGCCAAGGACGAGCGUUCGACAUCGGCCGCGUCGAAUCCUGCUCUGGCCGACAAAGGCGUCAGUCUGGGAAAUUGGGGCAGUAACAGCGGCGUUUGGGCGUCCGGCAAAAGCACUUUGGCUGUGCAGCCUUCCGUCUGGGGUUAG